AUGGGACUUUUUGCUUCGGCCUUCCGAGAACGCUUGGAUGAGAUGCACGCCAAGAAGUUGAGGCCCCUCCUGCGCCCCGAGCGUCACAUGACCCACGGGCGCCGGGUGAGCGAGACAGCAAUGAUCUUGGCGGAGGAACAAAACGCAAGCAUGAUUGCCGCCUUAACGCAGCUGGAAGAAGAACGUGCACAAGGAAAUUUUCGAGAUAUUCAUGAUAUUGAUGAUGAAGUGCUGAUGCAGUUACAACCAGACACCUGGAAGUACCGUUGGUAUCGAUUGCUGAUGGGCAAGCGUCACCCAGGCAUCGGGACGACUCAAAAUGGCUACGAUGCCGGAGUGGAGCUCCUAGGGCAUUUCAGGAACUGGGGAUUCGUGGUGUUUCCAAAUGACAACAACAAGAUGGAAGAGGAUUCUCUGAGACCAACGGAGAACACCACGAUCUUUGAAGCAGACUCCAGUACAUUGGCUGAUGUGUUGAGAGACAUGUAUUUCCUUCCUCGGAUGCAUGAGACGUUGCUGUAUAUUGCAACUCGUCAAGGUCCCAGCAAAUCGCAGGAUAGCUGCGAUGACACUACUGAUGACCUUGAUACGGGUCUUGGCUUUGUGCUCCCUGCCGAGCAGUGCCAGUCCUAUGGACAAUGCUUGGCGGUCUUGGCGGUGUGGGAGGAACAGCACAGGUUGUUCAAUGACUUCGAGGUGAGUGGAAAGAAGGUGAACGCUCUGGAGAGCAGUUCAAGCGGGAAUACAGAGUAUUAUUCCCUAGAAGAAUGGGGCGUCGACACGGUAGCUGAGGGCCGAUGUGCAAAGUGCGGUAGCAGAAGGCACGGCACAGGAUCCUGCACUGUGGACGUCACUAAAGUGAAAUGCUUUCGUUGUGGGAAAGCAGGACAUGUCAGUUGCUAUUGUCCUACUCGCCCGGAAACUGGAAAAGGAAAGGGCGGUGAGAAAGGAAAAUCGGGACUUGUGAAGUCUGGUCGAGUUGAGGCCGAAUCGAGUGUCAAGAUCGGCGGAGGCGGCUUGUUUCGUUUCGGCAAGGUCAUUCGCCUCUGGCGUUUGUUGGCCUUGGAACGCUUCGUGCCGGCAUUCCACGACGUGUUGCAGGUGAUCAUCAGCCGGGGCUACCAAGUGCUGCAAGUCUCCUACGUCUUGCUCUGCUUUUGGUUCUGGAUGUCCACGUUCAACUGGUACUUCCUUCACAGCGAGUUUCAGGUGAAGAGUGAAGAGCGAAGCUUCGCAUUUUGGUACAGCAACUAUUGGUUUUCGAUGCAAUUCUCGCUCAUUCACAUGAGUGGGGACUAUCCAAUGACUGAGUACCCUGUGAAGGUUCGAGUGAUGCACAUUUUUUCGCUCUUCUCGGCCUGGGCCUUCGUCACGAUGCCGGCGGCCAUGCUGGCGGCGGCCUUCCACGAUGCCCUGGAGAAACGGCGCCUGGUGCAGGCGAAGCGAAGGAAGGAGGUGCCGGGCGGGUCCGGGGUGGCCUCGGCGCUGGGUCCUUUCUACCCUUAUAGGAUGUUCAAGCCUGUGUUGAUAUGA